UUUUUCAGAUUUUUGAUUUGCCAAUUACAAUUUGUCCUCUGCGUUCGAGGUUUGACUGUAGGAUUCAGUCUUAAGGCUAAUCCCAAAAGGAGGGAAUCCUGACGAAAACCGAAUUCCAAAAUAAGGCGUCUGUGAAUUUGGAGCGAUCCUGUUGCUUUCGUUUUCUGAAUCAUCCGAGAUCCAUUACGUCGGCUCAUAUUCGCGGAACUCGGUGUUAGAUGAGAGCGAACCUUAGAUCACUGAGAAUGCUGUGAAUAUAUAUAUAUAUAUAUAUUAUACAUACAUAAGGAAGAAGUGAUAGAACCGUUUUGAAAGUAUGGAGUGCAAUAAGGAGGAAGCCAUGAGAGCAAAAUCAAUUGCUGAGCGGAAGUUAUUAGAACAAAAGGAUUUCUCCGGUGCAAAAAAAUUUGCUCUGAAGGCAAAAACUCUGUAUCCAGAUUUAGAUGGUAUCUCUCAGAUCCUGACAACUCUCGACGUAUAUGUUGCUGCAGAGAAUAAGAUAAAUGGAGUUGUCGACUGGUACGGUGUGCUCGGCGCAAACCAAUCAGAGAACGACGAAACAAUAAGAAAACAUUACCGGAAGUUGGCUCUUGCCCUGCAUCCUGAUAAGAACAAAUCAGUUGGUGCUGAUGGUGCAUUCAAGCUUAUCUCGGAGGCGUGGAGUUUGUUAUCGGAUCAUGGUAAGAGAUUGGCGUAUGAUCGGAGGAGAAGCUCCAUAGGACUUCAGAUGUCGUCAGUUCCUAAAACUCGAAAGAAUGGUUCGAAUGUAUGCUCUGUGCCAACAACGCCUCCAUCCUAUCGAAGAACCGAUACUUUUUGGACUCUCUGUCAUCGAUGCGGGAUGUAUUUUGAGUAUUUUAGAAAGUACAUUAACUACUCGCUGCUUUGUUCGAAUUGUCAUAAAUCGUUCAUGGCUUCCGAGACAGUUCCCCCUUCUGGUGUUUACAAAACAAUGGAUCAGUUUCCGAAACAGAGACCUCAGAAUGUCCCGAUUCCUCAAAAACCAGAGAAAAGUAGAGGAGUUUCGAGCUUUAAUCCUUCUACAGAGGCUAAAGCAGCUCAGGCCGUGCGUGUGAGUCAAGAUAAGUUGAAGAGAGUGUACGUAGAAUCGUAUGAUUAUGCAGGAAAGGAAGGUUUCGAUGAAAGGAAAAAGCUUGAUGAUAAGCCGGGAAUUACCAGAGAUUUGAAUAUGUCCGAAAUUCGUAAACUGUUGAUUGCAAAGGGUCGAAAGGAGAUUAUACAUACGUUGAGCAUUCCGCCAUCAGAGAUGACGAGAAAAGCUUCGAACAAGGAUCGAUGCAGCUAUUCCGAUCCCGAAGCCUCGGUGAUGACUGUUCCAGAUCCCGACUUCUACGAUUUCGAUCAGGACCGAUCAGAAGCUUCUUUCAGCGACAACGAGGUCUGGGCUGCUUACGACGACAACGACGGAAUGCCGCGAUUCUAUGCUUUGAUCAGCAAAGUAAUCUCCCGGGAGCCAUUUCGGUUGAAGAUCAGCUGGCUUAACUCCAAAACGAACAGCGAAUUCAGCGCCAUGGAUUGGGUUCGAUCCGGAUUCUACAAAACUUGUGGAGAAUUUCGCGUUGGCAGAUACGAAUCGUGCAGAUUCAUGAACGCCUUCUCGCAGAAAGUUCAUUGGUCGAAAGGCCCUCGCGGGAGCAUCGUAAUACUCCCAAAAAAGGGCGACGUCUGGGCUGUCUUCAAGAACUGGUCCUCCGAUUGGAACAAGAACACCCCGAACGAAGUUGUUCGUAAGUAUGAAAUGGUUAUCGUGCUCGAUGAUUACAUCGACAAAAAAGGUAUUUCCAUAGCUCCUCUUGCGAAGGUGCUCGGUUUCAAUGCGAUUUUUCGAAUUAAUAGUGAUCGAGAGGCGAUCAAGAGGAUACCCAAGGAAGAAAUGUUCAGAUUCUCGCAUCGUGUGCCUUACUAUUCGAUUACGGGUAAUGAAGCUCGAAAUGCGCCUAAAGGAUGCCUGGAGCUCGAUCCGGCAGCUUUGCCGCUCGACCUCGUGCAGGCGACCGACGAUGUUCUUGUGGCUAUGUAGAGUGGCUUAGAACACGUCGGAAUUCGAUUCGGGUAUGGAAAUUCGGAAAAACUCAUCGUUUUCAUGGGAAUAUCUUGCUGCAUUGCAAUGGAACCAGGUAUUUGAAUUUGGCUAUGGCUUUUGUUAUUGAAUAUUACUACUAUUGAUUGAUUAUAUGUAUAUAUAUAUAUAUCCAUAUUAUAUGGAAUUAAUCGUAUUUUUGAAAGAGAAGUGAGUUAAAAUUGAAGUUUU